AUAGAAACGCUCUAUAGUCGUCACCGCGGCAACGUACCGCGCAGUAGUGUUGCAACGGUUGCUUCGAUCCGAUCGCUCACAGAAAAUAUCACACAAGAAGAUGAUCAAAACAGGAAUGGGAUCACUAGUGCCGCGUAUUCUUCGGCAACAGACGGCGGUGGCCCCAAGCACGGUCGUGUCGGUGAAAAAUUAUGCAACCGAGGCAACGUUCGAGACAAAGCCCUUCAAGCUACACAAUCUUAAGGAAGGCCCACCAACGUCCUGCAAGGUGACAAAGGAUGAGGCAGUAAAAUAUUACCGGCAAAUGCAAACCAUUCGACGGUUGGAAACGUCCGCCGGUAAUCUGUACAAGGAGAAGCUGGUUCGUGGCUUCUGCCAUCUGUACUCUGGCCAGGAGGCGUGUGCCGUCGGUAUGAAAGGUGCAAUGCGCCCCCAGGAUAAUAUUAUAUCUGCCUAUCGUGUGCACGGUUGGACGUACCUGAUGGGUGUACCACCCCUGGGCGUUCUGUCCGAGCUGACCGGCAAGCAGGGUGGUUGUGCCCGAGGCAAAGGUGGCUCGAUGCACAUGUACGCACCAAACUUUUACGGUGGCAACGGAAUUGUUGGAGCACAGGUUCCACUCGGUGCCGGCGUUGCCUUAGCCUGCAAGUACAAGGGAAACGGUGGCAUGUGUCUGGCAUUGUACGGUGACGGUGCCGCUAAUCAGGGUCAGAUUUUCGAAGCCUACAAUAUGGCCCAUCUGUGGAAGUUGCCGUGUAUUUUUGUGUGCGAAAACAACGGUUACGGAAUGGGCACCAGUGCUGAGCGUGGUUCGUGCAACGUUAAUUAUUAUCAGCGUGGAGACGUCCUGCCGGGAAUUUGGGUCGAUGGUAUGGAUGUCAUUGCGGUGCGCCUCGCUACCGAAUUCGCCAUUAAUCACGUGCUUAACGUUGGCCCGGUUGUAAUGGAGGUGUACACUUAUCGCUAUUCGGGACACUCCAUGUCCGAUCCGGGCACGAGCUACCGGACGCGUGAAGAGGUUCAAGAGGUGCGUCAAACGCGCGAUCCCAUCUCCUCCUUUAAGGACAAAAUUCUCGCUGCCGGUUUAGUGACAGCAGAUGAGCUGAAGGCAAUGGACAACGAGAUUAAGAAGGAGGUAGAUGAAGCAACGAAAAAAGCGAAAGCCGAUUCGGAAAUUGGUCUACCCGAACUAUCGACUGAUGUGUACUCGCAAAAUCUGGAAGGCGAUAUUCGUGGAUGUCAUCCCAGUUCUUGGCUCAAGCACGGUACCCUGAAGCGUGCCGUUAAUCUGUAAUGCACCGUGAUCCAUCAGUUUUUAGUUAAUCCCACCUAUCAAGUGACCUUCUAACAUGGGAAGCAACUAAAUACAUUUUAGUCUUACAUCUACAA